AUGGUCUCGGUCAUCCUUGCACGUUUCCUGCCCACCUUCGGCCCCGCCUGGGUGAACAUGUACGGCUCCACGCGGAAUUACACCCUCAUGGAUGAGCACCAGGAGCUCAACGAGGGCCUGGGCGAGGGCGUCUCCUUCCGCGCCCGGCUCCUGCUGGGCCUGGCCGUGGAGAUCCUGGACACCACCAAUCCCGAGAUCAACAGCUCCACUGAGGUGCAGGUGGAGCAGGCCACGGCGGUGGCUGACAACUGCAGCGGGAAGAUGGAGGAAUUCUUCCUCUUUGGAGCCUUCCUGGAGGCCACCAUGAUCGACAGGAAGAUUGGGGACAAACCCAUUAACUUUGAGGUCACCAUAGGUAACUAUGGCAACCAGGUAGAUGGCUCCAGCAAACCCCUCCUGAGGAGGAAGAAAGAGGGAGGGGAUGGGGACGAGGAGGAGUCGGAGCUGCUCCAGAAUUCCAGUGACGAUGAAGGUGGCGAGGAUGGAGAGCUGGUUUCUGUUUCUUCAUCCCAGCCCAUGAAGCCCCUGAUCACUGACAGGAAUUACUUCCACCUGCCCUACCUGGAGAAGAAGCCCUGCAUCUACAUCCGGAGCUGGUGGCAGGACCAGCGGCGCCGGCUCUACAACGCCAACAUCAUGGACAAGAUCGCGGACAAGCUGGUCAGGGUUUUGCGCUUCCUGACCUUGGCUGACAAGGACCAGCACCACUCGUCCCGCACCAGGCUGGACCGGGAGAGGCUCAAAUCCUGCAUGCGGGAGCUGCUCCCCGGGAAGAGGGGCUUCGGCCCUGCUGGCUGGACAGUCCAGGCCAAGAUGGAGAUCUACCUGUGGCUGGGCCUCAACAAGCAGCGCAAGGACUUCCUCAGUGGCCUCCCCUGUGGGUUUGAGGAGAAGAAAACCCCCCGAGGCCAAAACCUGCCCUCCUUCCCACCCAUCAGCCUCCUGUACACCA